GGCUCAAACUGUGAAACAUGACAGCAGAUCAAAGAGCCUGGAGUUGAGGUCCUAGCCAACAUACACACCUUUUUCACGUGAGAACAGGGUGGGCGUCCACCUGGGCAGAGCUACCUCACAUCACGUCAUAUCACAUCACAUCACAUCCCAUCUCCACAGCGGACUACUGCAUUCAGAAUCAGAGACUCCAGGUUUAAGGCCAUGUAUGUCCACGAGGACUACCCUUAUCCAAUCAAUCCCCUGACCAAGAGCUAUGGAUUCUAUCCACAAGGACAGAAUUCGGUUUGCCGGGCAAGCUGUGGUGAAGCUGAGUUGAUGUCACUUUCAGUUCAUGUGGCGCUUGAGGGGCGAGAACUGUGGGAUAAAUUUAACCGUGUUGGCAAUGAGAUGCUCAUCACUAAAACCGGCAGACGCAUGUUCCCCAGCUGCAGAGUCACAGUGAUGGGGCUGAACCCCAGAGUCAAGUAUGUGCUGAUGAUGGACAUGGUGCCGUUUGAUAAUAACAAGUACAAGUGGAACAGGGAUCACUGGGAGGUCAGCGGCAAGUCUGAACCCCACCUGCCAAACCGAUUCUUCAUCCACCCAGACUCACCUGCUUUGGGAGAAAGGUGGAUGCAGUAUCCCAUAUCUUUCCAUAAACUCAAGCUCACCAACAACGCAUUCAACUCCAAAGGCCUGGUUAUGCUUCAUUCUAUGCACAAAUAUCAGCCUCGUCUACACAUAGUUCAGGCACCAGACCCCUGUGGAGCCCACAGCGGCGGAUACCUGCGAUUUACCUUCCCAGAAACAGGCUUCAUAGCAGUCACAUCCUACCAGAACCCAGAGAUCACCAAGCUGAAGAUCGACAAUAACCCCUUCGCCAAAGGCUUUCGUGACAACGGACUUAGCAGGAAAAGGUUUCGUGACAAGGAGAUGCGUCAGAGGUCAGGUUCAGGGAAGCAGCAGGAUAGGACAGAACAUCCUCAAGCCAAUGUACUGGACACGGAUGAUGAGGAAGACAAACAAGUCUCCAGCUCAGUGGAAUCCCCUGGUGUGCUUCGUCUACCGGAUAUGAAAGGUGCAUCCGAGCGUUUCUUACCAGCGUUUAUGAAGUGUGGAGGUAUCCAUGAGGGACUGAGUCAGAGCACCAUUUCCCAUCAAUCCCAGCUCACACUCAACAGCAAGAACAGAGACUCUUGGAGGCCUGAUGACAAUUUCCAGUACAUACGUGCCUCUUUGUCAGAGGUCCAUAACCCCCAAAUCUCAAUGCCACAGCACCUGCCAUGUCCCAGCUCUGACGUCCAGAUCCCAGCCGUACACCAGAUUUACUCAACCCACCCUACACCCCAGCAGAACCUCCACCUGCCGCCCAAACUCAGCCGGAUGCAGCUGCCUGAAAGUUUCUUUAGGGGCCUUGAUUCGAACCCAAAGUCCCUGUCUGACAUUUUCAACACGAUCCGGGCACGAGUGGCGUCCAAGGAUUCCCCAAUUUAUUCCCAACACGAGCACUCAGCAUCAGGCUCGAACAGGGAAGCUAAAGCGCUGAUAUUCCCAGCUGUCCAGGACUACGGUGUUGCAUUUUGCUCUGAACAAUACACUGGAUAUACACCAGAGUGGCCUGCUUACAAUCCCAAUGGGAGUUGCACUGAGACCAGAUCAGUGGCAUCAUCACAGCGGGUGGAAUACUCUGGAGAAAGUGCUUCUGGGAAAUAAAGAAAGUUAAGGACUCAGACAAACGUCAGUAUUUUUCAUCUGAGCAUUUUAUAAGGCAUUAUGAAUAUACAACAGAUUUCUGUAGUGGUUAUUAGAAUAAACGUUUCUCUCAAUGUAUUUUUUUUCCCUUACAUGUGCUUGAUGGUUUAAUAUGAAGUUAUCUAAAGUUUGUGCUGCUUCUCCUUUGUACAGUAUAUGUCUGACUUUCUACAGUUUACUUUUCAACUCAGUAUUGCACUAUGGCAACUAUGAUCUUGAUUAACUAUUAACUAAACGUUUGGCAUGUUUAUUGACCUCUUUUAUUGAAUACAAAGGUAAUUUCAAGGGAAAUGAAAACAAGCAAACUCUCUUUAAAUGUCAGUAAGUCUAAAUGCAUGAUACUUACCACAGAGAAAAAGAAAUGCUGGAAAUGUAAAGUUCCCAGGUGAAA